AUGAGCUGGGAACAGGAUCGCGACCGGCCCUGUGACAAGUUAGAAAUCAAUGAGGCAGUCGGAAAACUGCUAGAGAGUUUCAACUAUGACAGCAUCGUACCACAGCCGACGAGAAGCGGUGGGUGCAUGCGACGUGCACACGUAAAGCGACCAAUGAACGCGUUCAUGGUAUUCGCACAAGCGAUGCGCAGGCGCCUCUCUGAACAGCGACCAGCGUUACACAACGCAGAGCUUAGCAAGUCACUGGGUUCUAUGUGGAAGAGUCUGAGUGAAGAUGAGAAAUUGCCGUUUAUCAAAGAAGCCGAUAAACUUCGGACGCAGCACAAGAAGGAGUACCCUGACUACAAAUAUCAACCUCGCCGUCGCAAGCCUCAACCUACUUCAGCAAUCCGACCCAAGAGGGAACCUUCCCCAGAGAGAGAUCAGAUUGACUUCGCUGGCAUGCCGGACAUAUCUCGCGAACUGUUGCCGGACGGCCCGCCGGAUAAUGCUGAACUAGAACAAUAUUUAAUAAAGCCACCCGGCACAAUACCCACUGUGCCUGACUACCACGAGCUUCAACCACGAUACACCCACAGCCUCCAACACCCACCUCCGCCUCUGUAUGCACCAGUACCACCCCAUCUUCAUCAUGCAUGUGGAGCAGAUUGGUCACACUACCCGGGGCACCCUUAA